AUGGCGCUAAAAUCACAGACGAUUGCUGGAUUAGCUGCCCCGUUACCAUCUCCCGCUUCAACUUCAUCGACUUCUUCGACCAACACACUCUGCAUGGUGAAGCGCCCGCCUCUGAGCUCGUCUUUCUUAAAUGGCGGUGCUCUAAAGAUCACCAGGACACGGAGUCCAGUUGGUCGUUCGAACUGUUUGAGGCAAGCUGGAGGCGGGCUUACCAUUCGUUCAAAUCUUUUUGAUCGGUUUGCAAGGGUCGUGAAGUCAUAUGCCAAUUCAAUCUUAAGUUCAUUUGAAGACCCAGAGAAAAUUUUGGAUCAAGCUGUGCUUGAAAUGAAUGAUGACUUGACAAAGAUGCGCCAAGCCACAGCACAAGUUUUGGCAAGUCAAAAACGAAUGGAAAAUAAGUACAAAGCUGCACAGCAAGCUUCUGAAGAUUGGUACCGGAAGGCACAACUUGCUCUCCAGAAGGGAGAGGAAGAUCUUGCACGCGAAGCUCUCAAGAGGCGAAAAUCUUAUGGUGACAAUGCUAGUUCUCUGAAAGCUCAACUUGAUCAACAGAAAACUGUGGUGGACAAUCUUAUAGCUAACACUCGGCUCUUAGAGAGCAAGAUACAAGAGGCCAAGUCCAAGAAGGAUACUCUAAAAGCACGUGCUCAGAGUGCAAGGACGGCAACCAAAGUGAAUGAGAUGGUAGGAAAUGUUAAUACCAGUAGUGCUCUUUCCGCUUUCGAAAAGAUGGAGGAGAAAGUGAUGGCAAUGGAAUCAGAGGCAGAAGCACUUGGCCAAUUGACUACCGAUGAGUUGGACGGGAAGUUCUUGGCACUUGAGACCACGUCAGUGGAUGAUGAUCUAGAUAGCUUGAAGAAGGAGCUAGCCGGUAGCACAAUGAAGAAGGAGCUGCCUCCGGGACGAAACAUUUUCACCAGCACAAGAGAUCCGGAAAUCGAGAUGGAGCUCAACGAGUUGCGGCAGAAGAGGAAGGAAUUCUAG